GGACCGUGCACCACUCACUGCUCAGGCAGCAGAAGUCAACCAAAGAAUUUCUGCUACAGCUGAUUCGGUCGCCAUCUUUGUUCGGAACAUAAACAACACCAGGCGGCCCCGCUGGUAUUUACAUGCACAGCCGUCGUUCAGAGGAAAACCGACGCGGUCCCCUCGCUGCAGCUCUGCUCUUUUAUUGAAAGAUGAUGGUUGAUUUGGUCACCUGAACCUCUGUGUCAGUCAGACGGUAAGAAAGCCUCACUGUCGAGCUGCAGGAUCGUCAGCUGACAGACUGCUUUUAAAUAGGUUGUACUGUGCGCAAGCUUGAUACCAUGACAACGGUGCGGCUGUCAUUAGCGUAGUGUAAGCGAUUUUAUUGUCAUAUUUGUCUGUUUUAAAGCAAUCAGUAACAGGCUAAUGCACACUGCUCGCUAAAACCAUGUUAGGCUUUCAUUAGUACCACCUAACUGCGCUGACAUACAGGCACCAUGCUAACCAGGCUGUGUGGGUUGCCAUAAACCAGUCCUCACUAAUUCAUGAAGCAUUUGAUUUUAUCCCCAAUGACCUGUUUCUUUUCUGCAGAGAUGGGGAUCCGAGGUGGAUUUCCUCAACGGGACGGAGAGGAGGUGUAAAGGGGGGCGGGGAGGCCAGCAGUGAGGGCCUGAGGAGAUGGACCAGGAGUACGAGAGACGACUGCUGAGGCAAAUCAACCACCAGAACCUGCCGACAGAGGCCCGCCUGUCAAAGGUGAGGGACUCACUGUCUUAAAAAUGAUGCUUCAUAUAUGUGUGUCAAACAUAUAGUCCUCAUUUUCAAAGUGGUAAUAGGGACAAAACUGCACCAUGGCAUGUUUAUAUCGUUAAUAUCUAGGGUAAAAUAAUACCCUCUAUAUUAUCAUGAAAUCUAUCAAUAAAUUUGAUACCAAAUAUGUUUAUUUAGGGGCAGUCAUACAUAAACAGACCAGCCAUUACAUUAAAAACACCUGGACAAUCUAUUUCACCCCAGUGCAUUUUUAGUUUUUGUUGACAUGAUCAGACAUUGUGAUUGUUUUACUUAGAGUUCAUAACUGAAGACAUAGUUAGUGUUGUUGGUGUGCAGGAGUGUGACUUACUGAAGCGAUCCUUAUAUGUUGUCUUCAUUAACAAAAAUAAGAAGUGCAAAAUAUUAGGAAAUCCUGUGUACCACCUGUUUGGAUCAGUCUCUAACACCUGGUGGGUCUCCUAGCACCCUGAAAAUCAGACUCAUCUUUACAGAUAUCCUGUGUACAAUUCUGGGGCACAUAAACUUGGUCACACAUUUGUGUUUUUUUCAAUGUAGUGAAAUCAUUAGUGCUGCAUUUUCUCUGUUGACCCUUCAGUGUGUGAGUGCAACCUGCAGUCCCGUCAGUGUGAAGUCAGGGGACCGCUUCAUUCCCACUCGUGCUGGAAGCAACUGGAGCAUCAAUUUCCACUACGCCAAUGUAAGCUGCUUUUCACCUUAGCUAAAAACCUCAUAUUCUACCUCAGUGAGACACAGACUGGGGAUCAGAGUUACAUCAAGAAUGAACUGAGCUGUACUUUUCUCUGCAGGAGAACUGUCGGUCCCCAAAUCAGAACCAUAAAGCAAAAGAUGCCAGCUCAGACUCAAGCAAAGGUAAAGACAAUUAUACCUCUUGCGAGUGGUUCCAGUUGUUUGGUUUGAACCAUAUCCCUCAGGUAACUUAUCUGUUAUCACCUUUUUGCUUUAGAUGCUGUGGCGUAUGCGGCCCUGUUAAGGAAUGAAUUGCUGGGGGCGGGGAUAGAGAGUGUGCCAGACCCUCACACAGACGACCGGCGACACACAGUCCUCUCUCAAGACUCUCACAGCCUUUUUAGGGUAGGAAACACGAAAGACACGUCUGUUUAUUUGCUUUAAAAAGCUCUGUAUAGUCAGUAGCAUAAGAAAAAGUAGGAAGCUGGAAGAAAUGGCUGGAUUUUAUUGGAGUUACAGAUGAAAUAUCCAGAAUUGUAUCCAAUUAUAAGUCUCUGUGUUCUCAUUCUGCAGUACACUGUCCACACUAAGAGAGUGCCUUUUGAUAGCGAUAAUGAAGUCUCACCGUACUCCCUUUCUCCUCUUAGCAACAAAAGGUAAGAAAAAAGAUCACAUGUUGCUCCCUAAUCACUGAAAGCACUCGAACUUAGCCAUGAGAUAACUUUUCCUUCUCCACCAUGUUUACUGCAGUCACAAGCUGCUCCGCUCUCCUCGUAAACCAGCACGUAAGAUCUCCAAGAUCCCCUUCAAAGUGCUGGAUGCUCCGGAGCUGCAGGAUGAUUUCUACCUCAACCUGGUAGACUGGUCUGCUGGAAACCUGCUGAGUGUGGGACUGGGAGCCUGCGUCUACCUGUGGAGCGCCUGUACCAGCCAAGUAUGCAGAAGUCUUGGACAUUACCUCACACUUUGCUUGCUAUUAUAGAGAGAAAAUAUGCAGAUAAAUAUUGUAAAUUAUAAGUUUGCUAUAGAAGACAGUUUUCAAACUCCUAACCUUCGCAAAAUUGUAAAUUCUCAGGAGCAAUAUCAGAUAGUCACGCCAUAAGAUCAUCAGGUUUAUGAGAAAAUAGAUCAAUGCUCAAGCUAACCUUGUGUGGUAACACUUUGGGCAGAAUAACAUGCAAAUUUCUCCCCUUUCUCUUCGUGCUCUCUUUGUUCAUCUCAUCAGGUGACCAGAUUAUGUGACCUCUCAGUGGACGGAGACUCAGUUACAUCAGUUUGUUGGAAUGAGAGGGUGAGCAGUUUAUCCAAACACUGAAAACUGUCUUUAAAAAAAUAAAAACUGUAAAACUAACAUGGGGUUUGACUUUUGUUGCGGUUCUAUCAGGGGAGUCUUGUUGCUGUUGGUACACACAAAGGUUACGUUCAGAUCUGGGAUGCAGCAGGCGGGAGGAAGCUGACCAGUCUAGAGGGUCACUCGGCACGUGUAGGUCAGUCAAAAACCCCAGAUUAAAAUCUGUUUAAGAGUUUGUUUGGUACUUUCAAAUGUCUGUCAUCAAAUGAGAAACACCAAAUUAAUCACAACAGCCACAGUGAAAUAUGAGACCCUCUUUCCUUGUAACAAGGUGCCCUGGCGUGGAAUGGCGAGCAGCUGUCGUCUGGGAGUCGGGAUCGAGUGAUCCUGCAGCGGGACGUCAGAACCCCCCCUUCUGCCGAGAGAAGGCUUCAAGGUCACAGGCAGGAAGUGUGCGGUCUCAAAUGGUCCCCUGACCACCAGCACCUCGCGUCCGGGGGCAACGACAACAAGGUGACGCAGUGUUUCUGUUCUUGACUUUUCUCCAGGCUGAAUAACCUGUGAGAGUAAACGUGAUCGUCCCUCUCUGUCCGCCGCUCAGUUACUGGUGUGGAACAGCUCCAGCCUCCUCCCAGUGCAACAGUACAGUGACCACCUGGCAGCAGUCAAGGCCAUCGCCUGGUCCCCUCAUCAACACGGGCUGCUGGCAUCAGGGGGCGGCACUGCAGACCGCUGUCUACGCUUCUGGAACACACUGACCGGUCAGGCCCUGCAGAGCACAGACACCGGGUCCCAGGUCUGCAACCUGGCCUGGUCCAAACACGCCAACGAACUGGUGAGGACAGUCAUUCACACACAAACACACAUAUGAACAUACAGCCAGCCUAGAGAUAUAAUCUGUGUCAAGAGACGUUGGCGAGUGCUUUUUAAAUCGUAAAUUAACAAGAUAUAUUUAAGCAUUUCAAGAUCGGUCACUGCCCAGCCCCAGACACAGUAAAAAAUAUUUUUUUCCCGUAAAGCUACAGAGUCGUAAAAUAUACAAUAUUAUCAGCAAACAAUACAUAGAUGAAGCACUGUUUUUUAUCUGCUGCAGUACCUGAUGUGUUCACAGUCACAUGAUCUUUCAUGUGGUGUUUUAAAAAUAGCAAAAACAACAACAAGAAAAAUCUGAACCUAUUUGACGUAAAAAGAAUCAUACAUUUACAGUUUCAAUCAAAAUACUCUGGCUUAUGUGUGUCUUCGGUUUUGACAUCUUUCUUUAUGUUUACAGGUGAGCACUCACGGCUACUCUCAGAACCAGAUCCUGGUCUGGAAAUAUCCAUCACUGACACAGGUGGCCAAGCUGACAGGGCACUCCUACAGAGUUUUGUACCUGGUAAGAUUAUGUUUAGUGUCAGUCUGUACAUUUACAAGAACAAGUAAGUCAAGCAAUGGUGGAAAUUUGGUUAAGGUGAUUGACCUGGACUACUGAAUUCGUCCAAGUAUUCGGCCAUCAGGCAGGAAUCUGGUUUGACCAAAGUAUGUCCACCUCCGCUGAUGUUUACAUUCUAGACCAACUGGAUUGUGAAACAAGUCAGCAAGAGGUUAACUUGUGAAACAGUUGCAACAUGGAUAACUUCAUAGCUCUCUACUGCACAAACUUCUCUGUACUUUUGGCAUAAAUUUGCCAUAGGCCUAUGUUAUCCUAUGGGCUUAUAGUGACACCCAAAGGCAGGCAACAACCCACUAAGACUGAUGGACUCCUGGGUCAAAGUCUAAUGAGCUGAACUGUGGAGCAUGCCCGAAAUCUCGGCCAGUUUAAAAUCUAUACCUAUUGCAUUUUCUAGGUAUGUAAAUCCAGUUUUGGGGGCAGCAGUUGGCCUAGUAGUCUGUGUGAGUGUCGUAUGUACAGAGGCUGCAGUACUUGUCACAGCGGUUGCUAGUUCAGCCCCCAGCCUUUGUCUGGUCCAGUUAUAAUUAUCAUGUUAACAUACCAAGUAAAUAUUUGGGCAUACAUGAAUGUUUACAGACACUGAUCAGCCAUAGCAUUAUGACCACUGACAGGUGAGGUGAACUUAUUGAGCACCCUCAUUAAACAGUCAUUGGUUGGGAUAUGUUAGGCAGCAAGUGAACAUUUUAUCUCCAGAGGUGAUGAGUUACAUGCAGGCAAAAUAGGCAAGAAUAGGGAUUUGACAUCCUGUUACCAAGGUCAAACUGUAAUGACUAGAUGACCAGAUUAAUAGGUACUGCUGAUUCCUGCAUAGGGGACCGUAUAGCCACAGACUGAUCAUGGUAUCCGUGCUGACCCCUUCCCACCAUUGAAAGCUCCUGUGAUGAUCAUGUGAUCAUAAGACUGGCCCUAAAAGCAAUGGAUGAAGAUGGUCUGGAUAUUGGCCCUGACCUGACCAGAAGGGGGCCUGUGCAGUAAAAGGCAGGUUGUCAUAAUGUCAUGGCUGAUGAGAGUAUGUCUCUCUAGUGAAGGAUGCAUUCAGGGUCUUAGCUUUGCAACAAUAAAAACAAGAGUUCUGCAUGCAAAAAAAGUAUCAAUCAAGAAAUUUGUCAGUGCCAUAAGAAAAACUGAGCCUCAUUGUGGAGGGUGGACUCUAGCUUUGUUACAUCUGAGUCCUUCUGUAUCUAUUAAGACCUGUCUCAGGCAUUCAUGCAUUUUCUGCAGCUGCUUUGAUUGACCAGACUGUGAGGAUAAGACAGGCAACCUCUUAAAAAUGGCACUGUUUAAUUGUAGGGACGAAGGCAAACGUCUGUUGUCUGCAAGUCACAAUUGAUAAAUCUGGGCACUGCUGAGUGGAGUCAGCUAUACAGCACUUACACUGCUAUUUUAUGAGGCUGUGUCCUUCUAGGUCACAUUUGAACUCUGUGAUAGUUGUGAAUGAGAAUGAGCCACCAGAAGUGACAUGUUUGUUUGCCCCUCUGUCCACAUUGAAUGGAAGUCAAUAGAGGCAAAUAUUGGUCAAGUUUAAUAUCAUAUACAGUGUGUUUAACUAAUUCAGUUUUAAUAUCCAGCUCUUACCUGACAAGAGGAGCAUUAACAGAGAGCAGCUGAACACACAUGCAAGUUUGUGGUGUAUGAAAACAGCCAUGAAGUAAAAGACAAAUUAUUCAUAUCAUUCAUUAUUUCUCUUUCCUUUCAGGCGGUGUCACCAGACGGGGAAGCUAUUGUUACAGGAGCUGGAGAUGAGACACUACGUUUCUGGAAUGUCUUCAGUAAGACACGCUGCACCAAGGUACGAUAAAAAACAGGACACUUUGUCAAAUGCUGCUGUCAUGUACUGAGGUUGAGAGUUACUGAAGGAGUUUAUUAAGUUCACAUCUGUUUAGAAAUGCUAACGAGGUGAUGAAACAAGGAUUUUAAAUUGGUUUGUGACCAUUUCAUGUAAAGAUAAGACAAAACCUGCUCUACAGGAAAUAUCAAGGUCUUGAGUUUCACCAAACAUGUUUGCGAAAGUGUUUUAAAAAAUAUUUGAUGUAAUCUUUUAUCAAGUUACAUAUUUUACUCUCUUAUUUUCUGACCGCAGGAAUCAAAGUCCGUGCUGAACCUCUUCACCAGAAUACGAUAGUGAGGCUCAGGACCAGGUCUAGGAGCAGCCCUUUGAGCUCUGGUUGCACAAAACCCUUAAAGACACUCACAGACUACAUCCAUCUCAUCUCAGCCCUGACUCUCAGUGCACCGACCUUCACCAGGAGAGUCAUCCUCAGAUCUUUUUUUCUACAGAGGACGCUGUCCAAACCUCCGACAAAAACUGCCUGCCCUCCCAGUGACUUCACUGACAAACACUGAACAUGUUGUCUGCUUCAAAACCGUCUGUUUUGUCUUCUUUUUCUGUCGUGGAAGUGAUAAAAUUGUUUUAUUAUAUAUCAGCUGAAAUAUACAUGUGCAAGAGUUCUAAGCUAUAUAAAAUUAUGACGUCUCAUUUUUAAAAAGUUCUCCUUUGUAACUAAAAGAAGAAGAAGAUGAAGAGACAAAGUGAGUGGAGGGAGGGGUUUGGGGGUUUCUAUAUUUUGAUAAUGUGUGAAAAUCAUCUUCAAGCAGAAUACAGAAGAGAAACAAUAAGUGAACACACACACUCAUACACAGUUGCUUAAGCAGCUGUAAAGAACAAAGUGUUUAUUGUUGUUUUCAGCUUGUUAUACUUCUCUAUUUCAUUUUUCCUGACAAAUUAUUUUAUUACAAACAUGUUCAGUUCAGUCAGUUUUACCAGCAUUGGUUCAGUAACAAGGUUAAAACACUCCAGUGUCACCUGUCCAGGUAAAAAGUCCUCUUCAGCAUUUGUUGUGAUAAAAACAGUUCCACUUUUGUGUUGUUUUUACUCUACAUUCAGUGUUUUCAGUAGCCAGACCCCUGCAGGCCUCGACACAGCAGAGAAAACUCUUUCACGAUCUCCUUGACGCGGCGCUUGUUGGUUUGCUCCCUGAAAGAUUGAAAAAUAUGUUUCAGUCACGUUCAACAUUCAAGUCUUUAAAGCUCCUGUGAAAAGUUUUUGACAUUUAUACAAUAGGCUGAAAUUCCUAUUGAGGACUUUUUAUGGUAUCCAGAAGCAAACAAGACCACCAGUGACAAGAUUGACAACUUUUAUAUUAUACUUUUUAAUCCCUGAAACUACUGAGAGGAGGAAGGUGUAAAGGACAAGGUAUGCAAGUACUGCCUUGUCCCCAGGGGGCACCAAAUUGUCAUAGUUGUUCCUCACUUGAGUUUCAAAUAUGACUUUAUAGCAGCUAUAGCGUAAUAAACUGUCUAAAUCUCUCAGUUUUAGUUAUGGCCCCCAGCACUCUGGGAGCUUCCUCCACUGUUGCCUUGCUAUCAAGUCACGUUUCUCUAUUCAAAAUGACAAAUUAUGAUAAACAGCUAAAUGUUUUGGGACCUCAAAUUUCACAGUUCUAACGUGGAACGGUACAAAAAGUCCCACACAACAAAGUUCAGAGCAGAGUGUGUCUUUUUGAUAAGUAUUUCACUGACUGUGUGCUUUUAAAUUUCUCAAAUUUAAAUUUCUUGUGGCUUUUGGACAAGUCUUGUAACAAACCAUCUCACCCUGGUACUCCUUCAUCACACAUGUAUACCACGUAUAUACAACAGAGGUACAGAGACAAUCCUGUCACUGAUAGCCUUAUAUUUAUACAUUAUAUGCGAGGAAUAGUUUCAGUCUGUUUUAUUAACAAAAACUGCUUACAGUAGCAUUAAAUGAUCAGUUUCUCUUAUUGUAAAUGAAAUAAUUUUAAAAGCAUGCUCACAAAAUGAUACCAGAUUUAUAAACUUGUCAUAUCAAAGACUUUUGAAUUUUUCUUCAAGUAUUUACCUUAAA